AUGUCUUCUCUAGAUCCUUUAAAUGUUGAAUUAGAACAACAGGAUAAACAGCAUACGCAAUCAAAGUCAUAUAGAAAGUAUGAAGUUCAUGAGGGGAUCAUAUUUUGCAUAGAGCUUUCAGCUGGUAUGUUUCAGGAGCUCUCAGAAUUGAACUAUAAGGUUCAACUGGUGGAAAUUUUGGAAACCUUGGAGCAAUUGAUGUCUCAAUUGGUUAUUGUAAGACCAGGCACAGGUAUAGGUUGUUAUUUCUACAAUUGCAAUAAAGAUGAUGCCAAGAAUCACAUCUAUGAGUUCUUUCCCCUACGAGAUAUAAAUGCUAAAAGUAUGAAAAAGCUCAGUGAUUUAUUAGAUGAUUUGGCCAAUGAUAGAAUAACUCUUCAAAAAUUUCUGCCAUAUGAUGAAUCUGAGAGAACUCCCCUCGAUUUCUUGUAUGGAUUUAUUCAGGAUGAAUUCCUUAAGGAAGUUGAAGGUCAAAAGGCUUUUAAUAAUAAAAAGGUGUUUCUCUUCACAGAUAAUGAUUCACCUCCAGAGGCAGAGGAUAAUGAAACCAAAUCAAGGCUAAGGCACCUUGUUGAUGACAUGGAUGACCAUUUCAUCAACUUUACGACUUUCUUUAUUGGUAAAGAAGAAGCGCCAUUUGAUGAUUCCUUCUAUUCUGAUGUUUUGAAAUUAGGAGCUACCGCCGAGGACCCCAAUACCGAAUUUGAUGGUCCCAAUACGACACCGAUCUCAGCAUCGUAUAUUAAAUCUAGAGUUUUGAGAAAGCAAGAAGUUAAGAGAAUUAUGUUCCAAUGCUGUCUGAUAUUAGAAGAGCGAAUGCAAUUUAUGGUGGGUAUCAAAGGAUACACGAUCAUUAUUCAAGAAAGACCGGGACAGCGAUAUAGAUUGGUGUAUGAAAAGGAUGAGGUGAGAAAGGAAGCUAAUUCAAAGAGAAAAUUUUUGGAUUCCAACACGGGCGAAGUGAUUGAAGAAGGUUUGACCAAAGUGUUUCCCUAUGGUGAUUUGGAUAUAACAAUCACUGAUGAAGAAUUGAAUGAAGUCAGGAAAAGUUAUACUGAAGAAGAAUCAUUUUUAAAGAUUAUUGGAUUUCGUGAUUAUAAUAAAUGUAUCCACUACUUUAAUAAUAUCGACAGGGCCUUAUUUGUGGUGCCAGAUGAGUUUCGUUUUGAAGGUUCUAUUAGGACUCUAGCGUCGUUGUUCAAGAACCUUCGUGCUAAAGGGAAAGUUGCCGUAGUAUGGGGAAAAUUAAAGACCAACAGUCAUCCAGCUGUCUUCGUUCUAAGCCCCUCACGAAACGAGGAUCCUAACGAAGGGUUUUAUUUGUAUAGGAUACCGUUCGCAGAGGAGUUAAGGAGAUUCCCCCAAUCGUUAAUUCGUCAUAAUUCGUAUGAUACACCAGAGUAUAACCAAUUGAAGGAUACAACUAAAAGUAUCAUAGAUCAUUUUCAAUUUGCUAAAGGUUAUCGACCCUCUGAAUUUAGAAAUCCUGAUUUGCAGAAACAUUUUAAAAUUUUGCAUGACUAUCUAUUACAAGUGGAACAAGAGGAAGAAGAUGAUUCACCUGAAAGUUCUAAGCAAAGAUUAUUAUCAGAAGACGAUUCUCUAUUAAAACUUGCACAAAUCAGGGAUAAAAUUAUGGAUUCUGCUCAAUCCAGUGAUCCCAAGAAGUUUCAAUUGGAUGAAUAUUUCCAACUAUGGAAUAGGCUUUAUGAGGAUGUCUCCAAGGCAACUACUUUAGAAGAUGCCCCACGGCCCAAGCCUAAACAGCCGAGAAAGAAGAAUUAG